AUGGCCAUCCUGCGUGACACAGAGGUGGUCAAGUCCCUGCUGUUGUUGAUGUUGGGGCUCACCCUCCUGAAGACAGAGGCAGCUUUGAAAAUCCCCAAAGCAGGGGUAAUUGCCCUCCGAACACCUGAGAAUUGCCCCUCUCUGGAGGACAGCACUGUAGCACUUGACAUUCGCAUCCUCAAUAAAAACCAGGGCGGUCACACUUUACCAAACAUCAACAACCGCUCCACCUCCCCCUGGGAUUACAACAUCAUGCGGGACAUGAAUCGCUUCCCCUCUUCCAUCGCAGAGGCCCGGUGCAGGUCCUUCAGCUGCAUCGAUGCUGAUGGGAAGCCAAACAACUUCAUGAACUCGGUUCCCAUCCACCAAGAGAUCCUGGUCCUCCGGCGGGAGCCCCAGGGCUGCUUGCCCUUGAGGCUGGAGAAGAUACGGGUGACUGUUGGCUGCACCUGUGUCACUCCCCUCGUCCACCACUCGGAUUGA